UUCUUGAGUGAUUGAUAAGGCACCUAUAAGCUUCAGUAUCAUCAGUAUCAUGUCCUCACCCGUCGGUCCAGAGCCCAGCAACCUGAUCUGCCCCAGCUGCCACCAGAACGUGACCACGCGCACCGAGCCAAAGGCCUCGACCAAGACGCACUUGAUAGCGCUGAUCAUGUGCCUGACCUGCCUCUUUCCCUGCGCGUGCUGCCUCUACUGCACGGAAUGUGCUCGCAACACGGCCCACUUCUGCCCCUCCUGCAACGCCUACAUUGGAUCCUACGAGCGUUGAGUGGAAGCCAGGCUUUCUCUGGUCCGCUCCCCAGCAGCCAUGCCGGAAUGCUACGCUACU